AUGCGACUGCUUCUGGAGGAAUCGUACAACAAAUAUUUUGCGUUUGGUAAUUUUUCUAUGUGCAAGGAGGUGGGCAAACCUGUCCGGAUAGACUAUGGCAUGAAUGAGAUCGAAGAAAAUGAACGCUGGACGCGUAUUGAUGUUUCCAGCGAAGUUUUAGUUUUCAGAUUUGAAGUGGAUGCGUCAAUGCUGGCCGCACUCGAACUCAUGCCACCUCAAGAUACUUUCCAAGAAGAAAUCUCCAGCCUCUCGCAAUUAAAGCAUGAUGUGAGGCACCUCAGUAACAUUGAAGACAAUAAAGACUGGCUCUCCCGAAGAAAAAUUAUGACUGUGAUGUUAGUGCUGACCUGGAGAGCUACCUUUCACGGAGCGAUGCGUAUUCCAGAAGCACCUGUUCUUUUUCAGUUUGACCUGUUUCAUUGA